UAUUAUCAAAAGAAUAAAAGAAAUAUUGGAGUUUUGCUGUUUCUGAAAGGUGUAUUGACCAUUUUGCCCUUGAUUCCUGCUUAUAUAUGUUUAGUUGAACUGUUUUUUGAGCUAAAGGUUGGAUUUUUAUUGCUUUAUUAUUAAAAGAAUAAAGGAAAUAUUGGAGUUUUAUUGUUCAUGAAUGGUGUAAUGGUUUUGUAAAGUGGAGCAUCAUGAGGUAUUAGGUUCAAAUCCCGAUGUAGAUAAAAAAUACUAGGUGAUCUUUUUGUGUAUGUUUUUAUUUUGGUGGACAGAGUUACUUGGUACCUGACGUGAAAAAAGGAAAAAAUGUAGACAAAUGUAAAGUGGAAAGCUUAUGAUGGUUGUAGUCUAGAAUGAAUUUGGACCUUCAUAGUUGGACAUUAUUUUCAACCAUCCUUAUUGUUUUUUAUUAUCUUUUGUUUGUAGUUUGAGUUUGGAAUUUUCAUGCAGUUUGAACUCUAUCGUAAAGCUAUCAUUUUUUCCGAAAUCUGGAGCCAAACUUAAGCUUGAAUUAAGGAGAUAGUGUUUAAUUUAUAGCCAAGAAGAGGUGGUGGGGUGGCACUUAAAAUGAUUUAAGUGCUUUCUAUUUCAACUUACGAUGGCUGCUUCUACGAGUGUGACAAGUCCUCUGCAUAAGAAGAUGUCUGCGAGGAGGGCUAAGACUACUGGUUGGGCUGCAUUUGACCUUAAUGAGAGAAUGAAGCAACAAGGUCUGGAGCCAGAGCCUGACAGAGAAACCUUCCCGCACUUAUCUGUUCCUGCCACUUCCUUUAGUGGUCCAUCUCAAAGCAUCGCAAAGAGCAGGGGAGCAAUUCUAGAGAAGCCUUUUUCAUCCCUGCUGUUACCAUCUGUAAGUUUUCCAUCUUUAAUGACCAAUAAAGGGUCUGAUGCAAAUCAAAUACAAGUUGGUGAUUCUCGUUUCAACCAGAGUGAUGAUUUUAUCCAAGAAAGAGGUUUUCUUGAGGCGUGUCAAAAGCUCAAGAAGCUCCACCCAUGGGCUGAUGACACCCUGAUUGCCGAUGUCAUGGCUGGUGUAAAUGAUUUCAAUAAGGCCUUAAGAUUGUUGGAAGCAAUGGUAUCUCCACAUCAUACAGAUGUUGCGGAUGACAACAAAAAAACCAAGAGAUUUGGUAUUGACACAUUCUUAACUCCAGAAGAAGCAGAUACUCCCUAUAUACAAAAGUUUAAAGAAGUGGACACAGAUACUAAAGGAGUGAAGUCUAGUAAUAAGGAUUCUCUCAUGAAUACUAGUAAGUUUGCUGGCAAUAAAGGUGUGUCGUUGACAGACAAUGUGAAUCUGGAUGGAUUGAGCCAUGCGCUUACUAAGUGUCUUCGGAGCAGCAGCCAAGAGCUAAUAAACAACUGUGUUUUUCAUGAGAACGAACUUCAUUAUGAUGGAGCAGUGGGGAGUUUGAGGUUUGUACCGGUUGAGCCUGAGUGGGAAGAAGAUGAUAUUUACUCGAUCCAUCGGAAGGAUGCAGUGAAGACGACGAGAUCAGCAGCCCGCCAUUCUAAGGCUGCCAGUGAGGCCUAUCUCAGAGGUGACCACUUAUUUGCCCAGCAUUUUUCUCUAAAAGCCCGAGAAGAGUGGAUUGCUGCUAAUAGGCUAAAUGCCCAGGCAGCAAAAGAAAUUUUGACUGCCCGCAACGGUAAGAAUGAUCAAUGGACACUGGACUUGCAUGGUCUUCAUGCAAAAGAGGCAGUUCAAGCCUUACAAGAGCAUUUGCAAAAGAUUGAAUCUCGGGUGACACAAAAUCCUGCUGCCCAUAUGAAUCAAGUGAACUUAAAGACCGACGCUGGAGCUGCUGUCUCUGUUGAGUCUUCAGGUCGUAUUGAUGUGGAGAAUGAGAGCAAAGGACGCCCAUUGAAUAAGCAGCGGCCAGCUUUCUUAGAGGUCAUAACAGGUAAAGGUAUUCAUAGCCGGGGACAAGCUGCGCUUCCAAUGGCUAUAAGAAGCUUUCUCGUGGAGAACGGAUAUCGUUACGAGGAGACAAGGCCUGGUGUGAUCACAGUUAGACCCAAGUUUCGACCACGAUAAAUACGUUCAUAUGUGUAUUUUGGCUCCCAGAUUUAGUGUGUUUGAUUCUGAAAGCAAUUAACUUUGUCUGAGAGAUGUGUGUCCUGGAACUUGUCCGAUGCACGAAACAUGCACUAUAUACCAUCGAGUAUUUAUCUUUUCAAGUCCAUCAAAUAUUAUGUUCCGGAAUAAAUUUCAUUAUAUACAUCCCUCCAAAAUCCAUAUCUAACACUUCAAUGUAUAUUGAUGUCAACUUCACUAGCCUUUAAAUAAAUUUUCAUAGUUUGGUGACCA